GCUGCGCUUCUUCUUCGGAGAUGGGAGAUACAUCAGGAAUACAGGAAUACCUUCAUACAGAUGAGUUGUCAUAAACUCCCCCCUCAAUCCUCCCCCAAAUCUAAUUUCAGGCCGCCACGAAACCCACUAGAGGGAGACAGAUAUCCUCCCUAGCGUCGACGCCCUGUGGAUUCAGAUGGCUGAUGGUGAAAAAAUAAUUAGAAUUCUCCAAAAAAACAACAAAUGCUCCAAACUAUCAAGUCUGUCAGCAGAAUUUCAGGGCCAAAAGAGCCAAUCCCGGCCCUGUGGGGCUUUCAUCCUGGAUAUGCUUCUCUCCCCUGUACGGAGUAUGCUGUACUAUUACCGCCCGUUCGCCUCUUGGUCUCGUUCAAUCUGUCCUUUUUCGCUCUCUUGCUCGCUGGCUAGCAAAAGCCAAGAUCUAACUCCAAGUGCGAGUUCGAGUCGCGCCCCUCAUGCGGUCCACCGCUGUCCGCGCGGUGAAUUUGGCGGGCUUCCCCCACGAGAGUACCAAACCGUUCAAAAGCAGGAUGACGACACUCUAUGGUUGUUUCAGUCGCCUGAGCUGUCUAUCGACACUCAUCUGGACCUGUCGACCGUUGAUGACCAUAUCCAAAGCGAGUUCGAGCAUACGAGGUGCUGUCAGGUAAAAUGGCUUCGAAUCCACGAAUGAAACCAAGCUAAUAUGACACUAUCCAUGAUUCUCUCCUUCGUCACAUUUUUCCUUACCCUGGGCCUUUCUCCUAUGUUCCAGAUUUUUUUCUGGAGUCAAGGAUGCGUACGGGAAGUAUCCAACCAGCUCGGCUCCUUUGUUUGCUGCUAAGCUUGCACAUUAAGCCCAAAUGACAUUAAUUAUGACACACGGAAACUCUGGGUUUCUCUAUGUUGAAUAACGCUCACGCAGGCCCUCUGCACCUUGAUCGGUCAAUAAUGAUGGCCCACAGCUAGUACGACCUCACAUGGGGCAAUCCACCAGUUACAAUCGCUAGCGGCUAACGGCCGACCGCAUAAUGACGAGGGUGGCACGAGCGAAAUGUGACAGCUCGAGUCAGGGAUUGCCAAAACCCUGCAUCAUAGCCUACGUCUUAAGCAUUCCCAGGAAAAAAGAAGGAAAAAAAAAGAGUGAGUGAGAGUGAGAGACAGAGUGAGAGAUGCAACCAAUUUGAUACGGCAUUCUUCGGACCCCAGCAACAGUAGUAUAUAUUACCCAAAUAAGGCAUCUGGAUCAACCCCCUUCCUUUCAAGCGACAAGACCUCCCUAUGGGGUUUACGCAAGUGUGACCGCUGGACACGGAGUACCAUCCCGCAGUCAAGUCCGAGGGAAGGCCAGGGAGGAAUCUCCCCACAUAGCUGCGUCGCCACUCUUCGCAAUAAGUAUAUCUCACAUCGAUAUUUAUGAUGACUAUUUACGGCGUAAGGGAGUACCGGAGCGCACACAGGACAAGGCCCGCCUUGCGGUAGGCGACGGUUAUAUACACAUUUAUGAGCAAGCCGAACUCUUUCGGUUUGAACGAAGCACCCUUCUUGGACUUCUCUCGAUGGAGACUCCAUGAUGAACCACAUUUUCUUGUUAUUUGUUUUUCCUUGCUCUCCCUCUACAAAAUUACAGUCUUUGAUGAUAACUCUUGUCGAGCGGCGCAGCAUCACAUCCAAAGAAAAACCUUACAGAUACGGC